CGUCUGGCAAGACUGCGGGCACCGAGUCGUCUGGCAAGACUGCGGGCACCGAGUCGUCUGGCAAGACUGCGGGCACCGAGUCGUCUGGCGGAACAGCGGGCAUCGAGUCAACUGGCGGAACAGCGGGCACCGAGUCGUCUGGGAAGACUGCGGGCACCGAAUCACCAGGCACGACAGUGGACUCUGACUCAAUUGGCACGACAGCGGGCACCGGGUCAUCAGGUACCGGACUGUCUGGCUCGACAGCGGGCAUCGGGUCACCAGGCAUCAGGUCAUUUGGCUUGCCAGCGGGCACCGCGUCAUCUGGCAAGGCAGUGGGCACCCGGGUCACCAGGCAUUGGAUCGUCUGGCUCGACAGCGGGCAUCGGGUCACCAGGUAUGACAGCGGGCACUGGGUCACCAGGCAUCAGGUCAUUUAGCUCGCCAGCGGGCACCGAGUCACCAGGCACGACAGCGGGCUCUGAGUCAACUGGCUCGACAGCGGGCAUCGGUCACCAGGCCUAAUAGGAUCGUCAGGCUGGAUCAG